UAUUUUUUGGGGGGUUCAAAUCAAAUAACCGUAGAAGAAGAAGAAUCGACACUAGUCUUUCCGGUCCUUCCUCCGCGCGCAUCUUCAAGCAGGUUCCUCGAGCACAACAAACCUCAGGUCCGCGAGCUCGACUGGCUCGAGCCAGUCUGUUAACAAGCCUGUGACUGACAGCAAGUAUGAGGCAGACAGCUUGUUGUCGUUCAUUCAUUCAUUGUCCAUAAGUGUUGAAUAUUCCAGGUCAUUUGAGUAUUGUCUGGAGAGGAAAAGCCCCAUGUAUCCCCGACGCUCCUCCAGACCACCGAAGGUCUCCAAGAGGAGAAGUCCCAGCCCAGAUGAAGGAGUUAUCGAGCGCAAGUUGAGGGGUAGGAGACAGAAGACAGAGCUGAGGAAGACCAAAGAAGACAACGGCGUAGUCGAUGCAGACGAGGGGAAGGGCCUCGACAUCAUCGACAUCAUCAACAGCUCGCUCGAUGCAAAACGCGUCGCCGAGGAGGACGAAGGAAAGUUUGUAGAGGUGGCCGACGAAGGAGUGGACGGGUCGGAUGAAGACUGCAGCUCUGUCAACAGCAGCGUAGCUUCUGGUCCUUCCCUCCUACGCAGCGCCUCCCCCAAGAAGCUGAGGCCCUCGAAGGGCUUGUGCUCGGCCUGCAAGGCUCGCUACCAGAAGGCAAAGAAGAUGAAAGCGCCGUUAAAAAAUAAACUCUUAAACAAUGAUCCCAAGUCCCUGACAUGUGAUCAGUGGGUCCUGAUGAAGAAGUGGAGACCGAGGAGGCUGCCUGAUGCAAGAGGGAAGCUUUCGAUCCACGUACAACUGGUUAAGAAAAGACUUGAGGUCAAGAAUGGUGCAAAUCGACCUGCGCAAUACGUGGGAGAGGAAGAAUCAUCAGCCUGCUUGAGGCCGCACGCUUUCCUUCAGAGGAACCUCAGACGACGUGUCAGAGUGAAGCCAGUGAAGAAGAACAGGAGGAAGAGGACAAGAGACGGUUCUCAGGGCCCUCGCAUCGCUAAACAGCAGCGUCUCCACAGCAACAAUCGCCGCCAACACAUCAGUGUCGACCUAACCAGCGGUCACAACAGCAGCAGUCCUGGUCUUGAGGGUUGUAGCGGUCAAGAAGUCAGCGAUAAAUCGGACACAAAUCUGGCUGUUGAGCUGAUUCCCUCCACAGUCGCCAUGGAAACCAUCGAGCCAAAAGAGGUCCCACCCGUGCAGAAAGCGCCAAAGAGGACGGGCGGAUUCAGAGACUUGCUCGCCCAGCUGCGUGGCAACAGCAGCAGGAUUGUCAGAGAAACACGUUAGCGAGGUGGCUCUGACUUUUUUUUUUUAAGGAAGCAGUUUAACAGCUACAGUGUUCAGUGAUGUAGUGUUUACCUGUGACGUUAGCCUGGCUAUUAUUCUGUUCUGUAAAUACUUGUUCACCUGGAGGCAUAUACCUGAGUUUAUUGGCUGCAUGUUAUUUAUUUUUUUCUUGAAUUUUCAAAUAGCAUUUAUUUAAAAGAACUACUGUGAAAAACUAUUUUUUUUCACAUUAAUACUGUUUUUACCCAUAUCCCUAUGAUAGACAGAUUUAACAUUUCCAUCCCCAGUAGACCUACACGAGCAUGAUAACUAUAACUGUGUACCUUUUUUAAUACAACAAGCAGGUUUUCAGUGUGUGGUGGUUUUACACACUAGAAAAAGUGAUAAAAUGAAGUAUACUAAAAUAAAGUGGUGCAUAAUUUCCUCUUAGUACACAACAGUAAGGAAUAUUGAUGUAUUUCAACUUUUAUAACAACUGCAAAAUAUCUAAAGAUCAUCAUUUUAGUAGGUAGUGUGGAUUUGGGAACAUUGGCCCUUUCUGUAUGAAUGAACAACUACUGUUUACCAAGAAUAUUAAAUGGAUGAAUAUUUCCUGGUGGCAAGUUGUGGAAAGGAGCCAUGUUCUGUAAAACAAGGGGUGCGUUCCACAUCGCAUACUUUUUCUUUAUACUUACUAGUACGUACUGCAGCUGCCCUUUUAAAGUACGUUCCGUUGCAUGCAGUAUGUAUACGUUUGGGACAUACUACUUCAUCAUAACGUUUUGCCUUGAACUUUGACCCUCUUGCUCAUAUAUCCGGAGGUAGAAGGACAUCCUGGUACUUUUGGCACACUGCAUUGGAUAUACUAUGUUUUGGGAUAUCUUUUCUGGCAUACUAAAUAGUGUGGUGGGUAUUGGAACGCUCAGAUGGUAAUGGGAUUAGUUAAUAUUUAUCAGAGGGCAGUGUUAGACCCUUUCUCUAAAAGCCCACAUGGUGGCGCCACUUACUGAAGGAAUCAGACCUCUGGUUAUAGCAGAUCAGCCCUGUGCCAUUUACUGUGCCUUUUUUUUUUUU